AUGAUCCUUGGUCCCUCAUUGGGUCGUUUAGGUUAUUUUAUUGGCAACCACUCUUGCAUUUCAAUUUUCAUUUCUUGUUUAAUUGUCGUCGCAUCAGUGGCUACACUAUGCUUACUUCCACCAAAAUUCGAAUUGGGAUUCGAUGAUGGGUACACUGUCCCAGACGCUCCCUCGAAAGCUGAAAAUCGCGCUCAGAUCAGAUUCUUUGGAGAUUCGGGAAACCCAUGGUAUAUGGCCAUUUUUGCAGUGCCUGUGCACAAAGAUGGAAGCGUCAUUCACACAACUGAGUUUUAUGAAAUCGAAAAAUUUUACAGGAAUAUCAAAAAAGAACCGAUUCGAUUUGACAAAUACCUGAACAGAUCGAUUAAUUAUUUCGAUUUAUGUGGUCAAACCUGCAAUUUGAACGAACUUCUUUUCACAACAUACAAGCUUAGCUUUUGGGGUAUGGGAUAUCCUGUUGCAGAAAUUUUCGGUUAUAAAUCGAACAUUGCCAAGCAUUUCUAUAAUGUCACUACCGAUGAGUCAGGAAACAUUGUUCAAGCAAAAAUCGCUCUAUUAGUUUUCAUGGCUUUCACAGAUGAUGACGACGUGCGACGUGAUUUAGGCGAAUUUGAAACGAUGGUACAAAAGUAA